CCCCCACUUACUCAUAUCCCAGCUUAGUGAAUUUUUGCAUUCAAUGUGGGGGGAGCCGUUGCCCGCGCCUUUUCACGAACAGCCAACAUCUGACGAAUUCAAGGCAGAAUCGUUCACGCAACCUGACUUCUUCCACGUGCUUUCUUCAACCCUCUCCCUAGAAUAUUCAUACUAUUUUUGCGUUCCAGAAAAAAGAACCGAAACUACCCGACAUCAUGUCUGACACCGAAACCCCGGCGAAGAAGCAGUGUCUCGGCGUGGAAUGCGAGAACGAUGCUGGCACUCUGCAGUGUCCGACGUGCCUAAAAAUGGGCAUCACGGACAGCUUCUUCUGUUCUCAAGACUGCUUCAAGAAGAACUGGGGCGAUCACAAGAGCAUGCACAAGACUGCCGCUGGUAAGACACAGAAUGGUAUACUCCGCAGCAUUAUCCCUCCAAAGGUCAUCUCUAAACCAGAUCCAGCCAUCGGAUUCUUCAACCCAUUCCCUUCAUACUCCUUCACUGGACCUCUACGACCCGUCUACCCUUUGUCGGAGAAGCGUACCGUGCCCAAGUCGAUACCGCACCCAGACUAUGCCGAAUCAGGAAUACCCAAAAGCUCGCGCAUGGUCAACAGGAAUAAGAUUGAGAUUCUAGACGCCAAGGCUCAGGAUGGUAUGCGCAAGGUGUGCAGGUUGGCCCGCGAGGUUCUCGACAUUGUGGCGGCUGAGCUGAAGCCUGGUAUCACGACCGACUAUUUGGAUGAAGUGUGCCAUAAGGCUUGCAUAGAGCGGAAUUCAUACCCGUCCCCUCUGAACUACAACUACUUUCCCAAGUCGAUAUGCACCUCCGUGAACGAGGUGAUCUGCCACGGUAUCCCGGACCAGCGUGUGCUUCUGGACGGCGACAUUGUGAACUUGGAUGUGACUCUCUACCACGGAGGUUUCCACGGCGAUUUGAACGAGACAUACUACGUGGGCAAUCGCGCCAGGGCCGACCCGGACACUGUCAGGGUUGUCGAGGCUGCUCGGGAAUGUCUGAAUGAGGCUAUCAAGUUGGUAAAGCCCGGCACUCUGAUACGGGAUUUUGGCAACGUCAUCGAAAAGCACGCCAAGGAUCAGAAAUGCAGCGUCAUCAGGACAUACUGUGGCCAUGGCAUCAACAGCAUAUUCCACUGCCCGCCCAACGUGCCGCACUAUGGGAAGAACAAAGCCGUCGGCGAGUGCAAACCCGGCAUGACCUUCACCAUCGAACCCAUGAUCGCUUUGGGCAAGUACCGAGAUGUGACGUGGCCAGACAACUGGACCAGCACAACCAUUGAUGGAAAGAAGACAGCCCAGUUUGAGCACACACUCCUCGUGACCGAGACGGGAGUAGAGAUUUUGACUGCCCGGCAAGAGGACUCACCUGGCGGACCAGUGUCUAUGCUUGUGGCCGGAAACGGACCAAAUGGUGCUUAGGAGCACUUCCUAUGGCAUUUGCGAUUGACAUAUCGUUUCUUCAACUUGCUGCACAGAGCGACAAGUCACCGUCAUCGGGAGGAGUCACAUAGCGACCCCGCUGCAUAAUGCAAGACAUGCUGGAAAUAUUUCACAGCCCAUAUCUUCGCGGCCCAAAUCACGAGUCGACAGAAGACGCUUUUUGCGUGUUGGUGAGUGC